GACAAGCGGCGGCGCCAUUCCGGUGAGAGAGAUACCGCCAGAUGGCGGCUUAGGAUUGCUGCUCCCUGCCAGGCGCGGCCCGGGGCUUAUUAUUCCUAUUAUUAUUAUUUGCUAUUUACUGGACCCCCCCUAUUCUGCACCCCCUACGGUAUACGGCGGCGGGUGACUGGAUAUUAUAUAUCCAGGCCGGGGGAUUCGUCCCCCCCCCCCCUCAUUUCUUUCCCGGCGGAGCCUUUGUGCCCCUUACCCGAGGACGGGCGCUACCGGGAGCCGUCCCCUGACCCCGGGCGGACUGCACGAGAAGGAGCGGAGGAUUCGGGAUGUUCAGCGGAGAUCUGUUUUCAGUUUGGCAUGAAAGAGUGUUUCUGCUGAUCAGAGGUUGAACGAUGAUCCAGUUCUGACAAGAGCCUGCAGCAAGCUUUAAACCACCCUUUCCAUUGAACCUUUGCUGUCCUCCAUAGAAACUCAAGAUGAUCACUUCGGAACUCUCCGUGUUGCAGGAUUCCACCAAUGACACCGGUGCACCAGUACACACUGACAUGUCUGCAGUUGCCAGUGAAAUGAGUUCUGAUAUUACGGAUGACAUGGUGGAAGUAAAAGGCAAAAGAAAAAGAGGCCGUCCUGGAAGACCACCAUCUGCCAUUAAAAAACCACGCAAAACACCUGGUGAGAGGAGCCGUGGAGAGCCAGGCGCAAGAGGUCGGGGCAGGGCAAAUGGUCAUCCUCAGCAAAAUGGCGAGGGCGAUCCAGUCACCUUAUUUGAAGUGGUUAAGAUGGGAAAGAGUGCCAUGCAGUCUGUAGUAGAUGACUGGAUUGAGUCGUAUAAACAGGACAGAGACUUGGCUCUUCUGGACUUGAUUAAUUUCUUCAUCCAGUGUUCAGGAUGCAAAGGUACUGUAAGAAUUGAGAUGUUUCGAAAUAUGCAGAAUGCGGAGAUCAUCAGGAAAAUGACUGAGGAGUUUGAUGAGGAUAGUGGAGAUUAUCCUUUAACAAUGCCUGGACCACACUGGAAGAAAUUUCGCAGCAACUUCUGUGAGUUUAUUGGUGUUCUGAUCCGACAGUGCCAAUACAGCAUCAUCUAUGAUGAGUAUAUGAUGGACACUGUUAUUUCACUGCUGACUGGCCUCUCUGACUCCCAGGUCCGAGCUUUCAGGCAUACAAGCACACUUGCAGCAAUGAAGUUGAUGACCGCACUAGUGAAUGUUGCCCUUAACUUGAGUAUUCACCAGGAUAACACUCAGCGGCAGUACGAAGCAGAGCGGAACAAAAUGAUUGGCAAAAGAGCAAACGAGAGGCUUGAGCUGCUUCUACAAAAACGAAAAGAGCUUCAGGAAAACCAGGAUGAAAUAGAAAAUAUGAUGAAUUCCAUUUUCAAGGGCAUCUUCGUUCACAGAUACAGAGACGCCAUUGCUGAGAUCCGAGCAAUCUGCAUUGAGGAAAUAGGAGUGUGGAUGAAAAUGUAUAGCGACGCUUUCCUCAAUGACAGCUACCUAAAGUAUGUGGGCUGGACACUUCAUGAUCGACAAGGAGAAGUAAGGCUCAAGUGCCUGAAAGCCCUUCAGAGUCUGUACACCAAUAGAGAACUGUUCCCUAAGCUCGAGCUCUUCACCAACCGGUUUAAGGAUCGGAUUGUUUCCAUGACCUUGGACAAGGAAUAUGAUGUGGCUGUAGAAGCAAUCCGCCUUGUGACUUUGAUUCUUCAUGGUAGUGAAGAGGCCCUGUCCAAUGAAGACUGUGAGAAUGUCUACCACUUGGUCUACUCUGCACAUCGGCCAGUAGCUGUGGCCGCUGGGGAAUUCCUGCACAAGAAGUUAUUUAGUAGACAUGACCCACAGGCAGAAGAGGCCUUGGCCAAAAGAAGGGGACGGAGCAGUCCUAAUGGAAAUCUUCUAAAAAUGCUUGUGCUUUUCUUUCUUGAGAGUGAGUUACAUGAACAUGCUGCAUACCUUGUUGAUAGUUUAUGGGAAAGUUCCCAAGAGCUUCUUAAGGACUGGGAAUGCAUGGCAGAGCUGCUAGUUGAAGAGCCAAUACAAGGGGAGGAAGUGAUGUCUGAGCGGCAGGAGACUGCACUUAUUGAACUGAUGGUGUGUACGAUUCGCCAGGCUGCAGAAGCACAUCCCCCUGUGGGAAGAGGAACUGGCAAGAGGGUUUUAACUGCCAAAGAACGUAAAACCCAAAUAGAUGACAAAAACAAGUUAACAGAACAUUUCAUUGUUGCACUUCCAAUGCUGCUAUCUAAGUAUUCUGCUGAUGCAGAGAAAGUGGCAAACCUUUUACAAAUUCCUCAGUAUUUUGAUCUAGAGCUUUAUAGCACAGGACGAAUGGAAAAGCACCUGGACAGUUUGCUAAAGCAGAUUAAGUUUGUGGUGGAAAAACACACAGAGGCCGAUGUAUUAGAAGCAUGUAGUAAAACCUUCAACAUACUAUGCAGCGAAGAGUACACAAUUCAGAACCGAGUGGACGUAGCACACAGUCAGCUGAUUGAUGAGCUGGCAGACAGGUUCUCGCAUUCUGUGGAGGAACUGUUACAAAAUCUAGAUGAAGCUGAUGAAGAUGAUGUAUAUAAUGUACUGGCCUCCUUAAAACGCUUAACAUGUUUUCACAACGCUCAUGAUUUGACCAAAUGGGACAUGUUUGGAAACUGUUAUCGGCUGUUGAAGGCGGGUCUGGAACAUGAAGGCAUGCUCGAGCAGAUUGGUGUCCAGGCUCUCCAGUGCUCUCACUACUCUCUAUUGUGGCAGCUGGUUAAAAUCACAGAAGGCAAUCCUUCCAGAGAAGAUAUGUUGAUGUUAAGAAAGACUGUAAAAUCUUUUCUAGCAAUCUGUCAGCAGUGUCUUUCCAAUGUUAAUACACAAGUUAAAGAGCAGGCCUUUAUGCUGCUCUGUGACCUUCUAAUGAUCUUCAGCCAUCAGUUGACAGGAGGUGGAAGGGACAACCUUUCAUUGUUGAUCUUUAAUCCAGACCUAGGACUACAAUCCGAAUUGCUCACUUUUGUAAUGGAUCACGUCUUUAUCGACCAAGACGACGAGAACCAGAGCAUGGAAGGCGAUGAAGAGGAUGAAGCCAACAAAAUUGAGGCCUUGCAUAAAAGAAGAAAUUUGCUUGCAGCAUUUUGUAAACUAAUUAUCUAUGACAUUGUAGAUAUGCACGCAGCAGCUGAUAUCUUUAAGCACUACAUGAAGUAUUACAAUGACUAUGGAGACAUCAUUAAGGAAACACUAAGUAAAACACGACAGAUAGACAAGAUCCAGUGUGCCAAGACUUUGAUUCUCAGUUUGCAGCAGCUGUUUAAUGAGCUGGUGCAGGAGCAAGGCCCCAAUCUGGACCGGACAUCUGCUCACGUUAGUGGUAUUAAGGAACUGGCACGUAGGUUUGCACUUACCUUUGGACUGGAUCAGAUAAAGACCAGAGAAGCCGUGGCCACAUUACAUAAAGAUGGUAUAGAGUUUGCUUUCAAAUACCAGAAUCCCAAAGGGAUGGAGUACCCCCCUCUAAAUCUUGCUUUCCUGGAAGUAUUGAGUGAGUUUUCUUCCAAGCUCCUUAGACAAGACAAGAAAACAGUACACUCUUAUCUGGAGAAAUUCCUGUCAGAACAAAUGAUGGAGAGAAGGGAAGAUGUUUGGCUGCCACUUAUUUCCUAUAGGAACUCACUGGUGACAGGUGGCGAUGAGGACCGGCUGUCUGUGAACAGUGGAGGUAGUAACAGCAAAGGCUCCUCUGUGAGAAGUAAGAAGGGCCGGCCUCCCCUGCACAAAAAGAGAGUGGAAGAGGAGAGCACCAUUGACAACUCUUGGGUAACCAGGAAUGACACUAUCCAAACUCCAGGAGCACUUACCACCCCACAACUGACAUCGACAGUACUGAGGGAAAACCCGCCCAGGCAAAUGCAAGAGCAGAUGCAGGAGCAGGAGUCGGAACAUGGUUCAGAGCCAGACUUCUUACACAACCCUCAGAUGCAGAUGUCUUGGUUGAGUCAGCAGAAACUAGAGGACUUAAGUAGGAAAGAUAGAACAUCGAUGAAUUAUAUGAAAGUACGGGGUGGUGUAAGGCAUGGAGUACGAGGUCUGAUGGAGGAUGAUGCAGAACCUAUAUUUGAAGAUGUAAUGAUGUCAUCACGGGGACAGCUGGAAGACAUGAAUGAGGAAUUUGAGGACACUAUGGUUAUUGAUCUGCCACCUUCACGAAACAGACGGGAAAGGGCAGAACUCCGGCCAGACUUCUUUGACUCUGCAGCCAUCAUUGAGGAUGAUUCAGGAUUUGGGAUGCCAAUGUUCUGAGGUUCAAUACAUACCUGGAACUCUCUUGUUUAAAGGCCUGUAUACUGUGAGCUUCUGUAAAAAAUAGAAAAAAAAGAAAAAAAAAAAGACUUUUUUAAAAACUUAGUUUUUGUUCACACCAAAUGCUUUGCCGUAUUCAUGGAUUCUAUCCAAGCAGAGAACCCUACAAACACCAUUGCGUGGAACCAAGCUACAUAGAUGGUAACCGCUCAUCAGCUGUCAGCAUUUGGUUGAAUUUUCUGCAGAGAAGUAAAAUGAAAAUAAAAAAAUGGUUAUAAAGCCCGUUUUAUGGACAACCGGUUUUAUCAAUUUUUAUUUUUUUUCUGCUGUACAAUUAAACAUUUUAACUUUUUUGCCUUCACGAUCAACUUUGUUUUUACAAUUUGGCUAUUAAGUGACCUGAAGCAGAGCUGCCUCCACCCCUAUGUGGAACCAUACAAGAACCAAUCACUAAAUGCACUGGAAAUUAACAAUGAAGGGGUGCUGACAAGGCCAAACUAUCUUCAAGCAACUAUACACUCUGGUACCAACAUAGGUUUAAUCUUAAUGGAUGUCAAGACCUAUAACCUAUCUCAUUUUUGUCACACGUUUUGUAUUUUGAGCCCACAUUAUCUCCUCGCUAUUUCUUUUGUUUUGUCAAAGAGCAACACAUCAUAAUUUUUUUUUUUCUUUAACCGUUACCUGUCCUGCACAUUUUUAACCAACCGAAACCAGCAAACCAAGGACAGCAGGUUGACUCAUUUCCAUCAAUUGGUCAACAUUGUCUCUUUUGACACAUUUUUUUUUCCCCCCUUUCUUUGUUGUUUGUCACCAUUUUUAUAUUCUUUGUAUUGUUCAACACAAUCGUUCAUAUUUUACAAUGAAUAAAGGAAACUUAUAAUAGUGGGACUUACCCGAGUCUAAUCUCCAUGCAGUAAAAUACAAUUCAACAGUAAUAUUUUUGUAAAAAAAAAAAAGAAAAGACAAAAAAUGAAAAGAAAUACAAUUUUAAACUGUUUUACUGUUGCCUAUAAGUGCUUGGAUGGGUAUUUUUAUUUUAUUUUUUGUUCCCCUGGUCAAUGUUGAAAUUUUAUGGCAUUUUCAGUGUUAACUGUUCAAGUUUGGCUCUUUUUAAGGGGAGAAGAGGUGUUUUUCCCCCCAGCACAAUAAAACCCUGUUUAACUGCCCUGUUCUGUAUUAUUGUAAUAAAAUUCAAAAUCACAUGUCUUAAUAAAAGUGAUUUUAACAGUA